AAACGAACCAGUGUGCACACUGACUACAGCUCCUCCCACACAGGAGGCUAGUCACAUGGGCAUGACGUCAGCAGAAGUGCUUUAGUCCACUAGGACACAGCAUGUAGUAUGUGUUGCAGCUGAGUUUUGCAGAGCUGGUAAUCUUUAAAGAAAUGAAGCUGAAGGAGCUGGAGAGCUGCCUGCAACAGGUGGAUGUCUUUGAGAGCCCCAAGCUGCUGCUGGAGCAGUAUCCAACACGGCCACAUAUUGCAGCAUGUAUGCUGUAUACCAUCCACAACACGUUUGGCGAUAUUGAAGAUAAAGUUGUUGCAGAUCUCGGGUGCGGGUGUGGCGUACUCAACAUUGGGGCAGCGAUGUUGGGUGCUGGGUUGUGCAUAGGAUUUGAUAUAGAUGAAGAUGCACUGGAAAUAUUUAGGACAAAUGCUGAAGAAUUUGAACUUCCAAAUGUUGAUUUGGUUCAGUGUGACGUCUGCUCCCUGCAGGGUACCAGCCUGGAGAAGUCUGUGGACACCGUCAUCAUGAAUCCUCCAUUUGGUACUAAACAUAAUAAAGGCAUGGACAUGACAUUCCUGAAGAACGCUCUGCAGAUGGCAAGAACAGCCGUAUAUUCACUACAUAAAACUUCUACACGAGAACAUGUUCAAAAGAAAGCUGCUGACUGGAAGGUGAAGAUGGAAGUAAUAGCUGAGCUUCGGUACGAUCUACCAGCCUCAUACAAGUUCCACAAGAAGAAAUCGGUUGACAUUGAAGUGGACUUCAUUCGAUUCUCCUUUGACUGACAUUCUUUAUCUGAAGACUUAAAAUAGGUGUUCAAUAUUUUUUGUACUUUUAUUAAUUUUCUAAAAAAAAAAAAAAAAGAAAAAAUGAGCAUCUAAAAC